AAUAAUAUCAUUUUAUUUGAUAAUAAGAAAUAAUAAUAGAUUGCUAGUAACAGGCACUUCAUGAAUAAAUAUUUGCUUUUAUAAAAAAAUAAAUAAAUACAUUAAAAACAAUAGUAAUAAAAAUAAAAUAAAUACAAUGGCGGAGACUCGGAGUACUGCGAAGGUUUCAAACACAACCGGUCCCCUCUCUCACAUUCACAAACUCACACUCUCUCGCAUCCUCUGAUAGAGUCACCGACGUCGCUAUCUUUCCUGUUGGAAAAAUGGUUGAAGCUCUAACGAGUCCAAGCAAGCAUGACGCGGAGGGCGUCUCAGAAUUUUCUUGCCCUCAAUGUCCACCAAAGACUCACUUUCUCCCUCUCACGAAGUUCCUCUGCAAUUCCCUCAAUUUCCUCCGACCGAGAGCCGCCAACCCACAUUAUAUUCGCAAUGUCUUGCACCAGUAUGAGUCUGUUAUCAAAAAAGUCUGCUAAACCACGGGUUGAAAGGAGUCCCUCUAUUGAAUCAUGCUUCCCAGCAAGGAGUUCCGCAGAGACUUCCGGUUGCAAGUCUCCUGAGGACAACGAUAUAAGCAUAAACAUGGAACACUCUCAUGAGGACAUAUAUCAUGAAGAUAGUACCUGCCUUGACAAAUUUGACAAUGGGAUUUCACCAGCUUCUUAUAGUGUUAAAUACCCCAUUGCAUCUGCAGUACCACCAGAAAUAAGCAUCCCAUGUCCAUCAAUCUCUGACUUUCAGAACUCUCCUCAACAGCUUCAAAAUGUCAUGAACUUGACCACUAUUGUGGAAAUGACAGGAAGCGAUGCUCAAAGCAUUCCUAGUUCGUCGAGGAGGCUAGAUAGUCCUGGUUAUCCCUUAAUGAGUCAAAGUGCAAGUUUUCCACUAGCAACAGUUGCUUUUUCAGGUGCAAUUUCUGGAGAGGUAAGAGCCAAUGGCCUCAGAGCAUAUGUUAUCCUGUUUCUCGCUGCCCUUAAAGGUGAUUGGCAAAAGGCUAAAGAUUUUCUCCUGUCACAUCCGCAAGCAGUGUCUGCUAGGAUCACAAGGGGUUCAGAAACUGCUCUUCAUAUUGCAGCUGGGGCAAGACAUACAGGGUUUGUAGAGGAGUUAGUGAAUUUGAUGACAUCAGAUGACUUGGCAUUGCAGAACAAGGUUGGAAACACAGCCCUUUGUUUUGCUGCUGCAUCUGGAGUCACAAGGAUUGCUGAAGUGAUGGUGAAUAAGAAUGAAAAGUUGCCACUGAUUAGAGGUAGUAAAGGAGCACUGCCACUGUAUGUUGCUGCUUUAUUAGGCCACAGAGACAUGGUUUGGUAUCUUUACUCUAUAACUAAAGAAGAUCUAACAGACGAAGAUCUCAUUGGGCUGCUUAUUGCUGCCAUCACCGCCAAUUUAUUUGAUGUAGCCUUGGACAUGAUUCAACGCUACCCUGGUUUAGCUAUAUCACGGGAUGGAAAUGGGGACACAGCACUUCACGUUUUGUCUAGAAAGCCGGCAGCAUUUUUCAGUGGAAGUCAGCUUGGACUCUGGCAGAGGUGCAUCUACUCAUGUCUCCAUGUGGAUGUGCCAAGCAAUUAUCUCUCCUCUUACAAAAGGCACAGAAAACUAACAUAUCCACUCUCACACGUGGUUCCUUUCUUGAAAGUGCUACUUUGGAAAGUCCUGAGUUUCUUAGUUCCAGGAUUGAAAGUAAUUUAUGACAAAAAGUUGAUGCAAAUACAAGCAUUGGAAUUGGUGAAGCGACUAUGGAGUCAGGUUCUGUUACUGAACGACUCAAAGAUUGGAGAGUUGAUAAGGACUCCUUCUCGAUUACUGUUUACUGCUGCAGAGCUAGGAAUUGUGGAGUUUGUAGUCGUGCUUAUUCAAUCAUAUCCUGAUCUUAUUUGGAAAGUUGAUGAUAAAAGUCAAAGCAUAUUUCACAUUGCAGUGGCACAUCGCCAGGAAAAUAUUUUUAAUCUCAUAUAUGAGAUAGGAGCUCAUAAGGAUUUGAUAGCAGCUUAUAAAGAUGAAAACAAUAACAACAUGUUGCAUUUGGCUGGAAAGCUAGCACCUCCGAAUAGGCUGAAAACUGAUUCUGGUGCUGCUUUGCAAUUGCGACGGGAGUUGCACUGGUUCAAGGAGGUAGAAAAGAUUGUCCAACCUCUAUAUACAGAAAUGAGAGACUCUGAGGGGAGGACACCUCAGUUUCUCUUUACGGAGGGGCACAAAGGUUUAGUGUAUGAAGGGGAGAAGUGGAUGAAGGAUACUGCAUCUUCAUGCAUGGUUGUUGCGACGCUCAUUGCCACCGUGAUGUUUGCUGCUGCCUUCAGUGUACCAGGUGGCAAUAAUGAUAAUACAGGAAGGCCAAUUUUUAUAUCAAAGAAGCCCUUCAUGGUUUUCGCCAUUUCAGAUGCAUUAGCAUUAUUCUCAUCUGCCACUUCAAUAUUGAUGUUCCUGUCUAUUCUGACCUCACGCUAUGCUGAAGAAGAUUUUCUCGACUCGUUACCUAACAGGUUAAUAAUGGGACUGGCAACCCUCUUCAUCUCAAUUGCCACCAUGAUGAUAUCUUUUUGUGCCACCUUUUUUAUUGUUCUUAGCCAGGGAUUGGAAUGGAUUGGUGUUCCAAUGGCUUUAGUUGCAUGUGUCCCUGUAAUCUUGUUUGCUUUGUUACAAUUUCCCCUUUUUGUUGAUGUGAUCAGUCAUACAUAUAGGUCUAGCACCAUCUUUGGUCCAAGAAAUUAUUUAUUGUGUUAGAUAGAGCAGAAGACUAUUGAAUGUGGAUGAACUUUGAAAAAUUCAGAUAGACCUUAACAUUUUAGGUGUAAUAUUUUUGUUUUGGUGGAUUGAGCACUUCCAAUGUAACUCAUGUAAUUUUUAUUUCUUUUUUAUUGAAAUUGAUUUUUAUUCAAGUCU